GUUGAUGCCUGUUUAGAAGAACCGGAAUAUACCUCAUCAGAAAGUUCCUUUCAAAUUUUCUCGCAAACCGAUUUUCCGGAUAGUUCAAACGACAAGAUCAGAACGCCAAAUCUGACCAAUUGCGACUCAAUAGUAGAGAAGGUUUUGCCACUACCUACUUAGAUGUAGGAUCCAGAAAAAUUUUGCAGGUCCUCUCUGAGUGCUGCGGAGAUCUUGAGGAUGAUAUAUGUAUUUUUCCACUUAUAAUUGAAAGCUAAAAAGUUACCAUUCAAGAUGGCAGUUACAUGAUCUCCUAGUUUAUUCUUCGUUUAACGAGGUCUAUUGGCUACUCACGUUAGUCUUAUUGAAGUAAUUUGAGGUGUGAUGCAACUCUGAAUUUUGAUCCUUUUCAUAUCAUUUGAUAUGGGAGACCCGCUGCGUGCAUCUGGUCCUAGUUGGAACUCUAAGCUGAGCAGCGUUACUUCUAGGAAGGAGGUUUUAAAUCGAAGUUUAGUUGCCUCUACUCCUAAAGGUUUAUCAGGAAGAGCUUCUAGGCACAUAGCUUCCCUGCGCCAAGGAAGAACAGGUUGGGGGGCAGCUGCUGACAUAGCAGUAUUUUUACUCAAAGUUGCUGCAUUAGAGACAGUGCGACGGGUUUCAAGGUCUACGUGUCCCUUUGUAUGGAGCAGCAUUCAGGCUUUGCAAGUUCUUUGCUAUCCGCCAUUUAAGUGGAUUCAGAGAUGGGCUCCAUUCAAGGGGUUGAUUGGAAGAAUACAGAUUUUUUCAAGACCAUUGUUAGUUAUAUCAAUAGCAACGGCUUUUUCUGAUCAAUCUGCCUGCAACGUUGAAACAUCAAAUGGUAGUGAUAGUUCUCAUGCUCAUUCAGAAACAGGUGCUGAGCCACCCCAAGUGCCGUCUAUGCUGGACACCAGAAGUCCUGAUGCUGCUCUUGAACGUCCUGCAUCUGAAACUUGGAUGAUACAACUCCAUAAGGAUCUUAAAAGUCAAGGAAUCAGUUUACCUGAAAGAAUUGAUGAGGAUGAGCUUGUUCGAUUCCAUAAAGCUGCAAAUGGAGACUAUUCGGUAUUACUAGCAGCAAUUAAAAAGACUAUUCGUUGGAGACAGACUUACCAAAUUCUUUCAGAACAAGAGCUUGAGACAUGGUCAAAUAUGAUCUUCUGGCAUGGAGUUGAUUUGAUUCAACGACCUUGCCUCAUAGUACGGCUUGGACUAGCUUGCUCGCGCUUGCCAUCUCAUGACAGACCUCGCUUUGCUCAAGCAGUCAUAUCUCAGGUGGAGCAUGGAGUCCUGCAUUUAGUCAAUCUAGAUAAUCCUCACAUUACAGUUCUGGUGGAUUGUGAAGGAUUAUCUCCUUUGAGAAUCCCCAUGCAAAUGAUGAGAUCCUGUUCUUCCCUUCUGCAGCACCACUUUCCAAAUCGUCUUGGGUAUUUAUUUGUUAUACGGCUUCCUCCAAUGGUUCAAGUUAUUGCUCAAACCUUUUUUCAAAGUUUGAAGCCCACCACUCGUAAGAAGUUGAAAAUUGAAGGGGAUAUAUACCACAGGGUUCUUUCUGAGUAUCUUCCAACACUGCCUUCAUAUCUAGGUGGCAAUUGCAUUUGUUUGAGAUGUUCAGACAUUCGCUUACGUGGUAUGCAGCAGCCACACACAAAUGAGAGGAACGGAAUAGAGUCGGAUGCUUAUCUUAGUGAUGAUGAAGAUUUGCAAUCACCACAUCUGUUUUAUGAGCCCGAUAUCCCGACAGUUAGCAACUUUGACUGCGUAUUCAGGACUGCUGUAAUAGGCAUUCUCAUGAUGUGGGUUUUUAUUGCUUUAAUUUCAGGGCUAAACGAUCCUGAAAGCCGUCCUUUCUAAGUCAUAUUGAGAGGUUCAGUGGAAAUGUAGGGCAAAGCCACUUCAAUUCUUUUACAAUCAAUUUGGGCACCAGUAAUUGGCCUAGUCUUGGUGUUUUUGAAAAUGGAAGACAAAGUGCUUUUUACUCCUUUUGCACCUUCUGGUUCUGGAUUAAUUUGCCUGAUUUGGCUUAUCGGCUAAGUUGGUAGCCAUGAUUUGAUGAAGCUUAAUUAGUUGUUUAUCAAGCCAGUCAACGGAGGCUUAUGCCCCGAAACCCCGAACCCCAAUGGACGUCCGUUUUCAUGUCAAUGAUGUUUGUAUUUAUGGUCUUGCGUUUCCUAAUCAGGAGUCUCUGCUUUUUCUUGU